AUGGUACACCAACUCGAGCAAGUAGUCCUAGACUGACUUCCUCCCAUGCCUUAGGAACUGCACGCUGACCCCAUCCCACUCGUCCGUUGCGGCGGACAGGCUCCAAGCUCGAUCGUCAAUUGAAUGAAUGGCUGCAAGCUGUAGGCCCUGACAACUCGAAAGAGCCCAAUACGCCCACUGGCUAUCCGAUCGAAGGGUGUAAAGCCGUCAUUGCGCCGUAAGUGACUUCGACGGCAUCGCUCUGAAGAGUAGAGCAGGCGCCGGCUGACGUGAUUGCGUGUGGGGUGGGGGACCUGGCGUCGUCGUUUUGGCCUGACACAACAGACACGCGGGGUAUGCGUAUUCAGGUCCCGCAGCGGCAUGGGCUUAUCGCUGCAUUGACGCACAACACAUGUGAGGGAAUGCCCCACGUUCCACGAGGAACAACAAACACGCUGAUGCUCGACUUAUCACGGGUCUCGGCAUCCUCGGACGUGACUCUCACUUAGUAAACGAAUCUUCAUCCUCGGCCCGUCGCACCACGUCGCUUUACCCGGGUGCGCACUCUCGCAGUGCGAUGAAUAUGCUACGCCUUUGGGGCCAUUGAAGUUGGAUAAGAAGAGUGGGUGCUUGGGUUCAGAAUUAUUCGCGCUUCGCGCUGCGAGGCUGACCAAUCACACUUCAUGGCACUUUUUUGAACCCCUGAAGCGAUCGCCGAGCUCGCGGCGACGGGCAAGUUUGAAUGGAUGGAUCAACAGACCGAUGAGGAUGAACAUAGGUGGGUCUCAUUGGGCGUUCGUUAUUAGGCUCAAGCCGACGAGCUGACGCCUCACGUCGUCUCGGAUCCUAGCAUCGAGAUGCACCUCCCGUAAGCAGCGCUCCCUUCUUUGCGCUCCGAGAGAAUGCUCAACCUCCUAAUUCCCACGGCUGCGGAUAGCUACGUUCGCAAGAUACUUGAAGGGUGAGCCGCCUACAGGACUCUAAUGACUAUUUCUACCUCUACCUCACCUAACCGAUCCUUCUCCCCCCUCUCCAGUCGAUCCGACAUCACGCUAAUCCCGAUCCUCGUCGGUUCACUCUCCUUCACCUCCGAGAAAACCUACGGUACUCUACUGGAACCUUACCUCCGUUCCGCGGACACCUUGUUCGUCAUCUCUUCCGAUUUUUGUCAUUGGGGAACGAGGUUCGGUUACACCUACUUCAUACCCCGCCAUGAUCUCGGAGUAGGUGAGGGUCAUGCCCUGAGUAGAGGAUCCAGUCUCGGCACGGGGGAAGGGUGUUGUUCGAUCGAUCAGUCGAUCGAGAGAUUGGAUAGGGAGGGGAUGAGAAUCAUUACCUUCGACCAAAACGGGGAGGAGGAAGGAGGACGAACUCCUCGUUCUGCGCAUGAGGAGUUCAAUGCCUAUCUCAAGCAGACGAGGAAUACGAUCUGUGGGAGACAUCCGAUUGGGGUUUUGUUAGGGGCCAUGACUAGGUGGGCUGAGAGGGAGGUGGAAGCGGAGGAGGGCUCGGAGGGGGUUGGAGGAGGGUGUCGUUUGGUUUGGACAAGGUACGAGCAGAGUGAACGGGUUAAGGAUCUCAGAGGGAGUAGUGUUAGUUAUGCGAGUGCUUUUGUUGGGCUUUCCGAGUGA